AUGUCUUCCUCAAAAGCCAUCGGUAUCGAUCUCGGCACCACCUACUCGUGUGUUGGUGUCUGGCAAAAUGACCGUGUCGAGAUCAUCGCCAACGACCAGGGUAACCGGACUACCCCAUCUUAUGUCUCGUUCUCCGACAACGAGCGUCUCAUCGGUGACGCCGCGAAGAACCAAGUCGCCAUGAACCCUCACAACACUGUCUUCGACGCUAAACGUCUCAUCGGUCGCAAGUUCGAUGAUGCUGAGGUUCAGUCCGAUAUCAAGCACUUCCCCUUCAAGGUCUUCAGCAAGGGUGGCAAGCCAUACGUGCAGGUCACCUACCGUGGUGAGGAGAAGGAGUUCUCGCCAGAGGAAAUCUCUUCCAUGGUCCUCACCAAGAUGAAGGAGACCGCCGAGUCCUACCUCGGUACCACCGUCCAGAACGCCGUCGUCACCGUCCCCGCCUACUUCAACGACUCACAACGUCAGGCUACCAAAGACGCCGGUACCAUCUCGGGUAUGAACGUCCUCCGUAUCAUCAACGAGCCCACCGCCGCCGCUAUUGCCUACGGUCUCGACAAGAAGGUCACCGGCGAGCGGAACGUCCUCAUCUUCGAUCUCGGAGGAGGAACUUUCGAUGUCUCGCUCUUGACCAUCGAGGAGGGUAUCUUCGAGGUGAAGGCCACCGCCGGUGACACUCACUUGGGUGGUGAGGACUUCGACAACCGUCUCGUCAACCACUUCGUCCAGGAGUUCAAGAGGAAGUUCAAGAAGGACCUCUCCUCCAACCCCCGUGCUCUCCGUCGUCUCCGUACCGCUUGCGAACGUGCCAAGCGUACCCUCUCCUCCGCCACCCAGACCUCCAUCGAAAUCGACUCGCUCUUCGAGGGUAUCGACUUCUACACUUCCCUCACCCGUGCCCGUUUCGAGGAGCUCUGCCAGGAUCUCUUCCGUUCUACCCUCGAGCCCGUCGAGAAGGUCCUCCGCGACUCGAAGAUCGACAAGGCCAACGUCCACGAGAUCGUCCUCGUCGGUGGCUCCACUCGUAUCCCCCGUGUCGUCAAGCUCGUCUCCGACUUCUUCAACGGCAAGGAGCCCAACAAGUCCAUCAACCCCGACGAGGCCGUCGCCUACGGUGCUGCCGUCCAGGCCGCCAUUCUCUCCGGUGACACCUCUGAGAAGACCCAGGACUUGCUCUUGCUCGAUGUCGCUCCUCUGUCCCUUGGUAUCGAGACCGCUGGUGGUGUCAUGACCGCGCUCAUCAAGCGUAACACGACCGUCCCCACCAAGAAGUCCGAGAUCUUCUCGACCUACUCCGACAACCAGCCCGGUGUGCUCAUCCAGGUCUUCGAGGGUGAGCGUGCGAGGACAAAGGACAACAACCUUCUCGGAAAGUUCGAGCUCUCCGGCAUUCCUCCCGCUCCCCGUGGUGUUCCCCAGAUCGAGGUCACCUUCGACAUCGACGCCAACGGUAUCCUGAACGUCUCCGCUUCCGAUAAGACCACCGGAAAGUCGAACCGUAUCACCAUUACCAACGACAAGGGUCGUCUGUCGAAGGAGGAGAUCGAGCGCAUGGUCAACGAGGCCGAGAAGUACAAGGCUGAGGAUGAGGAGGCUGCUACCCGCAUCCAGUCCAAGAACGGCCUCGAGUCGUACGCCUACAACCUCCGUAACUCCAUCACCGACGAGAAGCUCGCCGACAAGUUCGACCCCGCCGACAAGACGAAGCUCACCUCUGCCGUCGACGAGGCCAUCGCAUGGCUCGACGCCUCGCAAGAGGCCUCGAAGGACGAGUACGAGUCGAAGCAGAAGGAGCUCGAGGCGAUCGCCAACCCGAUCAUGCAGAAGCUCUACGGCGGUGCUGGCGGUGCACCAGGAGGGUUCCCAGGUGCCGGUGGCGCACCAGGCGGCUUCCCUGGUGGCGCUCCUCCCGCUGGUGGCGAGGAGGGCCCCAGCGUCGAGGAGGUCGACUAAGCGGUUCUUCGCCCCUUUCUCGGUCUCGUCUUUCGUUCGGGUUUCGAUUGUUGCUGUUUGAUUUUACUUUAUUUUUUUACCACGCGCAUUUUUCCAUGUACUUCACACCCAUCAUUGAUCUUCGUCGCCGUUUCUUUUUCUUUUUCUUUCCGUUCGUCUGCUUUGCUCGC